AUGGAUCAUCCCACCGCAAUAAAUAUAACAUUGGAGGUCCCACGAAUCAAAAACUCAUCAGAUAUAACAUUCAAUGAACGAUUUAACCUAAAGCAUGUGCAAAUUCAGCUUAUUUACUCAUUCCAUCAAUCACAACCUUGGUUACUUCCAACAUCAUUCCGUGCAACGAAGGUAGGCCGCGACGCGAGUUUCGAGGUCAACUCGUCCGUUCACAAAGUCGAACAGUUGCUUUGCGUUGAAUCCGUGUUCUCUCGCUCAUUCCACUCCUAUGGUCUCUCUUUCUUUUUCCAAGUCGCUGCUGGGAUUAUUGCUUCGGGACUCAUCAGCCAAUGUGAAGAAGCAGCUCAAAUGCUCGCGGAUCGCUUGCCGAACGCCCUGCUUUCUCUUUGGAUCUCUCCACGAAACUUCAUUAAAAGUACAUCGGCGAUUAUGGAGGCUGAAUAUUAUAGACGACCUGUGGAGCAGUUAAGGAACCAGGACCUAUUGCUUUUCUCCCGAAUUCCAUCUGAACUUUAUCUCGCACUAAAUACUUUCUCACAAGAGUACCAAGCUUAA